CGCACGCGCCGCCCGCCUUUAGCACCGCCCGCCCUCGAUAUGCGCAUUCACAUGACAAAGUUCGUGCGAAACAGGUGUUUUUUUCUUAACACAAAAAUAAAUUUCACAAUAUUUAAUCAAAUUGAUAAAUCCAUUAAUAAGCGUAUUCCCUUUUGUAUAUUUUACUACACAAGUGUCGUAAAGUCGUUAUAUAUCUUGAGAAGAACUAUGGGUAUGAUAUCACGAGUGCGCGGUCGUAUAAGGAGUGAUUCUUUCUCGAAGAUUCACACAAUGAAAUCGGAGGACAAAAUUGCAAAUAUUGUAUGGCUGAUCUCAAUAGUAUUCCUGUUGCCAUACUGGGCGCCCCGGGGGCUGCUGGUGGCGCUGGGCGGGGCUUGGCUGAUGGCUGCCUACACUUGCCUGAUGGUACCGCUACUGAUCUCAGCUAACUACCGCUACCCUGCUCGGUGGUACCCCUCCGUCGCCAAACUAGCUAGAAAGAUAGGAAGACGCCUACGUGCUCCGGGUGCACGUCUGCUUGGGGUCCUGAAAACCGCCUAUGCGCCUAUAGAGCGCGCUGAGAGGCUGUUCCUACAAAUGAAUAACCUUUCCACGAUGAUAAGCCAGUUACUUAUUUUCACGGCGUGCGAUCGACUCCUGGUUUUCCGUGGACGACUGACGUGUCUUUACUCGCUGAUGUUUUACAACGUCGUCACAUACUCAGUAAACUACGUCCGUGAGAUAUGCACAAAAGAGGACUGGUCACCGUACGUAAACUUGACGCGCAACUCCCGCGUCAAACAUCUCGCGAUGUCAGCCACCAAAAUUGUCUUAGAAUGGACCAAAGCGGUCACAUUUAUAGUUACGAUAACAUUUAUCCUCCUCACCCUUGGACUGGAGCAGGGCUUAGAAUACUUCCGUCCAACAGCUCUGUACACACUCAUAACUGGUACAUAUUACUUGUUAUCAGAGAAAACUUUCUUGGAACUUUGGCCUAUUGCCUUGACAGCGUUUAAGCUGGAGAGGCUUGAGGGCAUGGAAUUGUUGUACUGUGGAUUUUGGGCAAGGGGAGUCACAACAUCCAUCGCAAUCCCUCUGGUGCCAGCUCUUAUGUGGAACGAGAGAUGGCGACUAGCUGCGUUGAUCCUGUACAUUUGUGUUGUUGUACACGGGCGGUAUAGACUGGGCGAAUCAUUUUCGAAGCUGAAGGAAGCGCAGGGUUCAUUGGCAAGGUUCCGCCGGGCCACCGCAGAAGAACUGUCCACUUUAGAGGAUGUUUGCGCGGUUUGCCUCGGGACAAUGAAAUCCGCGAGAGUGACACCUUGCGCGCAUUUCUUCCACGCAGACUGCUUGAGGAAAUGUCUCGCUGCUUCGGACAGGUGCCCGAUCUGCGUACGAGAAUAUGUAUUUUGCUGACGACUAGAAGAAGACUUCGAAUAAGACUGCUGGUUUAGCUUGUAGUUAAAUAACAUUCUAAUUUGACAUAUAAUUUGACAGCUGAUUGGCGCAGCGGGCAGCAACCCUGCUUUCUGAGUCCAAGGCCGUGGGUUCGAUUCCCACAACUGAAAGA